CCUGCCUGCAUUUGUGGGAUUUGACACCAUCCAUCCAGCUAGGAGCGGCGGCACGGGUGCUCGAGCAGAGUCGGCUUUGCUAGGUGCCAUCGUAGUUCGUGGAGAGUAUAUCGUUCGGCUGGUCGAUGGACGGCCUCCACACGGAGCUCGCGAUGGGUCUAAUCGGAUGCGGCAGCGGAGACCAGCUCCAGACGGCGCCGUUCGUGGCCAAGAUCUACCAGAUGGUGUGCGACCCCAGGACGGACGCGCUCGUCCGGUGGGGGAGGGAGAACAACAGCUUCGUCGUCGUCGACCCCGCCGGCUUCUCGCGGCUCCUCCUCCCCUGCUUCUUCAAGCACAGCAACUUCUCCAGCUUCGUGCGCCAGCUCAACACAUACGGGUUCCGGAAGGUGCACCCGGACCGGUGGGAGUUCGCGCACGAGUCGUUCCUGAGCGGCCAGACGCACCUGCUCCCGCGCAUCGUGCGCCGCAAGAAGCGCGGAGAGGGCGCAUCCUGCUCCGCCGGCGGCGAGCAGUACUGCGGCGGAGAGGAUCAGGAGGGAGAGGAGGAACGGGAGGCGCUGCUCGAGGAGGUGCAGCGGCUGCGGCGGGAGCAGGCGGCCAUCGGGGAGGAGCUGGCGCAGAUGAGCCAGCGCCUGCAGGCCACGGAGCGGCGGCCCGACCAGUUCAUGUCCUUCCUCUCCAAGCUCGCAGCGGACCCCGACGGCGUCACGCGCCACCUCAUCGAGCAAGCCGCCGAGAAGAAGCGCCGCCGCAUGCACCUCCAGCACCAUCGUCCCAACGCCUCCCCCCUCCCGCCUCCUCUCCCGCCGGCGCCAUCGCCGCCGCUAGCGCUGCUGGCUCUCGGCGGCGCAGCCAUGGACUGCGACGACUGGCUAUGGGCGGCGGAGCAGAAGCCAGCGUUGCUGCCCUCCUUCGAUCCCACCGUUACCUGCGGGGUGCAGCAGGUGCCGGAUUUCGCGAGCGGCGCCGGUGCCGGCAUCGGCAUGGGCCUGACUACUGACGACGAGACCGCAGUGGAGACGCCCUUCCCGUUCUGCCUUCUUGGCCAGGGUUUCCUUUAACCCGGCGAAUCAUGCUCAUGUAUGCACGGUUUACUUCCUCUUACUCAUUUUAGUUACUCCUACUCCUCAACAUCAUGCAAAUGACUGUUCAGCUAUGCAGUGAUCAGGCUAUACAUCGGUAUGUCUUGUGAUCAUUGUCACAUAUAUGAGAACAGAUUACAGGCUACUGUGCCUGUUGUAUGUAAUCGUAUAACUGAUCGAUCGAUGAUGGUUCAUUAGUUUUGGUAAAGUAC